CAAGUUUAACUAAAACAUAGACCUAUUAAUACACAUUAAAUGCACCCAAAUGGUAAUGUUCUAAAUUGAGUAAGGGUAUGUAAACAAUAAAAAUAAUAAUAAAAUUUAUCACGGCCAGCAGUUAACAAAAUAAAAGCAAGGCGAAAUUAGCGCAGUAGCCAAUCAAAAUUGGAUAGAGUUUUCCGCGCGGCAGAAAAUAUGAUUGGCUACCGCGCGGCAAGCGUUUCCGCGUCCUGUGUGCACGAGUCGUUGCCAUAGAGAUAUCUCUAUGGUCGUUACUCAGCAUUCGUUAUUCGUGAAAUAAUUAAGGACAAGAUAACGAAAGAUUAAAUUUUUUUAAUUUUAUAUAGCGAUGUUUCACAUCAGAGUAACCUUUAAGAAAAUAUAAUAUUUGUGGUAAUUGCUACUGUGAUGGAAGAAAUGACCAAUUUAAGGAUAUACUUAGUUCAUAAUAAAUAAACAUCCCAAAAAAAUAAAAAAAGAAAUUAGAUACCUCUGAUUGUUGUUACGAUGUUUCUCCUUUGAUGUACAACCUUCUAAGACUGAAUGCAUUAUUGACAGUUGCGAAAUUUAUAUAUUUCACGGAAUAAUUGUUUUAAGAGGUUACUUGCACAAGUAUCAUAAUAUGAAUACUCCAGGAAAAUUGUGAAUGUAAAAAAUAAUAGACUUAAUAAUGAUGCAACACUCAGAAGAAGACAAUGCAUGUGUCAGUACUGCUACUGAACCUUCACAAGCUGCAAAAAUUAAAGAAAAAUUAAGCCCAUGGAAAUCCAAUAAAUUGAUAUGGCGAUAUUUUACACGAGAGGAAUGGCCCUAUGCAAAAUGCAACAGUUGUGAUAAACGUUAUCGUUGUAAAGGAAUAACAAAUUUAGAGAAACACUUGAUAUAUAUACACCCAAAAAUAAUAGAAGAAAUACAAGAAGAAAUUGGACGCACCCAGUUGUCACAAUAUUAUGCAUUUGAUGUAGAACCUUAUAAAGUGAGAUGCAUUAUUGAUAAUACCAAAAUCAGUGUAUUUCGCGGAACAAAUUAUUUAAUAAAUCACUUGCGUAACUGUCAUAAAAUGAAAGUAUUUUAUAAAUCUACAAAGACUUCUCUAACGGAUCUUCAAAGUAUACAAAGAAAUGAUACAGAUGUAAUGAUACAACAAUCAGUAACUACAGAAGACAAUGCAAGUACUAACACAAACACUGAUAAUCAACAAACUGAUGCAAGUUUACAAACAGUAAAAAAUCAAGAAUUAAAAUUGAACGUCAGUACACAUCCUGAUGAAGAUUCGCAAAUCAGAGAAUCUCAAGAAUUAAUAUGCACGUGGAAUUCCAAUAACUUGGUAUGGAGAUAUUUCAUACCAAAACAAUGGCCUGUCGCAAAGUGCAGUAUAUGUAAUAAAUUUUACAAUGGUAGAAACAUAGCAAAUUUAGAAGAUCACCUGACAUGUAAACAUCCAGAAGUAAUAAGAGAAAUACGAAAAGAAAUUAGAAGUGCCAAUUUGUAUCCAUAUUUUGCAUUUGACAUAGAAAAAUCUAGAGUAAGAUGUAUUGUUGGCACUUGCAAAAUUAAUAUAUUUUCUGGAAUAAGUAGCUUAAUAAAUCACUUAUGCUGUCGUCAUAAUAUAAAUAUAUCUACAACUUCACCAAUUAUGCAAAAAAAUUUAAUGAUGCAACAAUUAGUAGUCAAAGAGAACAAUAUAAGUACAAGCACUGAUGCGUUGAAUGCUGAUCAACGGAUUGACGCAAGUUUGCAAGCAGCAAAUCAAGAAAGAAAAUUUGAUUCAACAGGAACAAUUAGGCCGACGCAGAUAUGGAUUUCAUUUCGAGUUUUGGAAGCAUGACAAAUAAUUACAACUUUUUAUUACAUGAGUUUAUAUUUUCCACUAAGAAAUCUACAUCACAUUUUUCAUCAAUCAAAACUAUCACAUAACUGCAGAACGAUUUUUCUGGUUCUAAAAAACAGCAUCCAGAUUUGAUUUAUAGAAUCUUUUUGAUAAAUCUCUAUGAGAGAAUAUAAAUGUAUCAAAACAUGUAUACAGAUAUAAAUUCAGAGUAAGAGGAAAUAACGUGUUAAUUGUAACACCGUUACCGUCACUUUUAUCCUCAACGGUAACAGUAACAUCGUUGCAUUUUUAUGGCAACGAAUUUUCUCGUUAUCUUUAUCGUUUAUAAUUCUCCAUUGUUCAUUUGGCAAAUAAAUGUUAGUGCUCUCGUAUGAGCGCAACACCGCGCCUGUAUAUGUGUGUCACUAUAUUAAUUGCUAUACAUGUAGUUUUCUCAGAUCAUAUAAUUGUUGAAAAAAAGAAAUAAAAAAUAGUAAACACUAUCUGUGUUGUGUCUUGUAAAAGCAAAAGAAUGAGAUAUCAAUUCGCCGAUCUAUUGUAAUAAAUCAAAUUUAUGCAACAGUGCUGCACAUAUUUUCUGUAUAAGCAUCAGAUAUAUUAUGUUAACAUUUUUAAAAUCUUUAACAAAAAUUAUACUAUAAACAAAAUUGAGAAAACAAUUAUACAAAUAUACUUUAUACUAGGACGUGUUUCAUCUAACGUUCACAACACUCUUAAAUGGAAUCAUCUCGUCCUUGCUGCUUGCUAAAUAUUAAACAAAAACAAAUGAUUCUCGGGAGCGUUGAAAGCGUCAAGUGGAAAUCUAGAUUGUAAAUCAAAAGUCAGAAAAUUUUAAAGUUAAUUUUCAUGUCACGUUUAAACAAUUAAAACAAAUCAAAUGUGAUCUAAGGGUUUGCCUCAUCCAAGAGCAUAGAGGAAUCAAUGUAUUUGCAUAUACAAUGGAAUUAUUCAUAUUCUGUAUAUUUGUUUUCUUUGGAUAACUAAGAACAUUGUAAUUAGCUAUAAUCCAGUCGACACAAUUAUGUGUUCACUAUGUAAUAGUCACAAGUUUCAGUAUCAAAUUUUAUAUAAUGUGAAAAUUGCAGUAAUGUUGUAAUUAUAAUUUUCAAAAUAA